GGAGGCCGGUGGACCGAUGGGAUCUCUCGCACUCCAUGCCUGACUGCAGCUUUAGAAGGCAACCGAUCUGCUAUUCCCUGGAGCCCAGAAUAGAUAUGAGAUUCUUUCCUACUACUAUGAUGAAUCUUUCCUACUACUAUAAUAAAUCCAUCCCAAGUAGGACUCCUAUUCUGUGCUAUUUCCUCCCAAGGAACCACCGCGCCCUCUAGCGGAGGAACGGCAGCGGGAUCGCAGAGAUGCGCGCGAGAGCUCAAGACACUUUCAAGUCUCCCUUAAGGAGCGCGCCACGCCCCCUUGAGUCCCGCCACCUACGUAAACGCAUUCUGUGGCAUCCAUUGGUUGGCUCCAGUGCGUGAUGAAGUAGAGUCGUGGGGCGGGGCAGACGAGCACAGCUGUAGGGCCUUAGCCCUGUCCUCAGCCGCGGACGUUGCUGUCCGGGUGUCCGCCCCUCGCCCUACUUGAGUGACGACAGGCGCCUGCCGGGGCUCUGGGUGGAAGCGCAGCUGCCUGACAUCUGUGCCGAGCCGCCUUUUGUCCCCCGGGUAUUCUCGACCGGGUUCAGGUCGGGGGAGAGGGGGAAAAUGGCGCCGGCGCCCCGAGGCGACCGGGAGGAGCUGCUGCUGGAGUGUCGGUCCAGACCACCUUCCAGGCUUCUGACGUUCGCCCCAGUGCUCCUGCUGCUGCUGCUGCUGCUGCUGCCGCCGCCGGCCGCCCGUGCGGGGCUCUGCCCCUCGCUCUGCUCCUGCCGCACCCCCCUGCUAGACUGCAGUCGCAGGAAGCUGCCCGCGGCGAGCUGGAGGGCGCUGUCGAACUUGCUGCCCCCCGACACCGCAAGCCUGGAUUUGAGUUAUAAUCGAUUGUCUAACUGGAACAUCAGCUUAGAAUCUCAAACACUGCAAGAAAUGAAAAUGAAUCAUAAUGAGCUAAUAGACAUACCCUAUUUUGGAGAACCAACUUCUAAUAUUACUCUACUUUCAUUAGUCCAUAAUGAAAUCUCAGAAAUAAAUACAGAAGCAUUACAAUUUUAUCCUGCUCUUGAGAGUUUAGAUCUCAGCUCAAAUAUGAUAUCAGAAAUCAAGUCAUCUUCAUUUCCACCCAUGCAGCUUAAAUACCUGAAUUUGAGUAAUAAUAAGAUAACUAUCUUGGAAGCUGGUUGCUUUGAUAAUUUGUCGAGUUCUUUACUAGUGGUAAAGUUAAACCGAAACAAAAUUAGUAUGAUUCCACCGAAGAUCUUCAAGUUACCUCAUCUUCAGUUCUUAGAACUUAAAAGAAACAGGAUUAAGGUUGUGGAAGGUUUAACAUUCCAGGGUCUUGACUCCUUAAAAUCUUUGAAAAUGCAACGGAAUGGAAUCAUCCAACUUAAGGAUGGAGCUUUUUUUGGCUUGGAUAAUAUGGAAGAACUAGAGCUGGAACAUAAUAACCUAACAGAAGUGAACAAGGGGUGGUUGUAUGGCUUGCGAAUGUUACAGCAACUCUAUUUGAGCCAGAAUUCAGUUGAAAGAAUCAGCCCUGAUGCAUGGGAAUUCUGCCAAAGGCUAACUGAACUUGAUUUGUCCUAUAAUCAUCUAACCCGUCUUGAUGAAUCUGCCUUUGUGGGUCUGAGUUUACUGGACAGAUUGAAUUUAGGGGAUAACAGAAUCACUCACAUUGCUGAUGGUGUAUUUAGAUUUCUUUCCAAUCUUCAGACACUAAACUUAAAAAACAAUGAAAUUUCAUGGGCUAUAGAAGAUGCUAAUGAAGUCUUUGCUGGACUCACAAGUCUCACAAAAUUAAUCUUACAAGGAAAUCAGAUUAAGUCAAUUACAAAGAAAGCAUUCAUUAGCCUCGAAUCCCUUGAGCAUCUAGACUUGAACAAUAAUGCUAUAAUGUCUGUCCAAGAAAAUGCUUUUUCUCAGACUCGAUUGAAAGAACUGAUUUUGAACACAAGUAGUUUGCUUUGUGACUGCCACUUGAAGUGGUUGCUUCAAUGGCUGGUUGAUAAUAACUUCCAACAUUCUGUGAAUGUAACCUGUGCACACCCUGAAUGGCUAGCAGGACAGAGCAUCCUAAAUGUGGAUCUGAAAGAUUUUGUCUGUGAUGAUUUUCUCAAGCCACAGAUAAGCCAACACCCUGAAAACACAAUUGCUCUGAGAGGCAUGAAUGUGACUCUGACAUGUACCGCAGUGAGCAGUAGUGAUUCACCCAUGUCUACUUUGUGGCGUAAAGACAGUGAACUCUUAUAUGAUGCAGAUAUCGAGAAUUUUGUUCGUUACCAGCAGCAGGAUAUAGAAGCUCUGGAGUACACCAGUGUCUUACAUCUUUCCAGUGUGAAUUUUACAGAUGAAGGAAGAUAUCAGUGCAUUGUUACGAAUCACUUUGGCUCCAAUUAUUCUCUAAAAGCUAAACUGACUGUGAAUGAGAUGCCAUCUUUUCUGAAAACUCCAAUGGAUCUAACUAUUCGCACUGGUGCCAUGGCCAGAUUAGAAUGUGCUGCAGAGGGGCACCCUGCACCUCAGAUCUCUUGGCAGAAGGAUGGUGGAACUGACUUUCCUGCAGCUCGAGAAAGACGUAUGCAUGUCAUGCCUGAGGAUGAUGUCUUCUUCAUUGCAAAUGUGAAAAUAGAAGACAUGGGAAUCUACAGCUGCAUGGCACAAAAUAUAGCAGGAGGCCUCUCUGCAAACGCCUCACUAAUAGUGUUGGAGACACCCUCAUUUAUUAGACCCCUGGAGGAUAAAACAGUCACCCGAGGUGAAACUGCAGUAUUACAGUGCAUAGCUGGAGGGAGUCCUGCCCCUCGACUCAACUGGACCAAAGAUGACGGACCACUGCUAGUGACAGAACGGCACUUCUUUGCGGCAGCCAACCAACUUCUCAUCAUUGUAGAUGCUGGACUAGAAGAUGCUGGAAAAUACACCUGUAUUAUGUCUAACACCGUUGGCACGGAACGUGGUCACAUUUACCUAAAUGUCAUUUCAUCCCCCAAUUGUGACUCUUCACAAAGUAGCUUUGGGCAUGAAGAUGACAGUUGGACCACAAUCGGCAUUGUCAUCAUUGUUGUCGUCUGUUGUGUUGUGGGUACCUCUUUGAUCUGGGUCAUUGUCAUUUACCAUAUGAGAAGGAAAAAUGAAGACUACAGUAUCACAAACACAGAGGAGCUUAAUCUGCCUGCAGACAUUCCCAGCUACUUAUCCUCCCAAGGAACACUAUCUGAGCCACAGGAAGGUUACAGCAACUCUGAGGCAGGCAGUCAUCAACAACUUAUGCCUCCUGCCAAUGGAUAUUUGCACAAAGGUGCUGAUGGUGGCACCAGUACUCGAGUUAUCUGCUCAGAUUGCUAUGACAAUGCCAACAUCUAUUCCAGGACUCGAGAAUACUGUCCUUAUACAUAUAUUGCAGAGGAGGAUAUUCUAGAUCAGACACUGUCCAGCCUCAUGGUCCAGAUGCCUAAAGAGACAUAUCUGACACAUCCUCCCCAUGAUGCUGCUGUCCUGGAGAACAUGGUUUCAUCAGCAGAUCAAGAGACACCUGCUUUUCCCACCAACCAUGAAAGGAUUAAUGAAAAGAAAUUUACUGCCACACAAAUGAACAGAGAAACAUUGCAGCGGCCUCUCUGGAAUAUAAACAAAGAUCUUGGUCUGCCUCAUCCUUCCAUUUCCCAGCAUCCAAUCCUUGAGUCACUACAACUUGAUCAAAGUGAAGACUUGACAGACUGUUCAGCCUCCCCCAUGCCCUGUCUCAGGUUACAUGACCAUGGUUUUGAUUUUAGUAGAACUCGAAACAUUCAAGAUGGCAGUGAGGGCACGUGAGACUCACUCCAGGGUGAUAUCUGGGCAAAGACUCAAAAUUAAUUAAUUUUAUAAUUACUACCUCAGAAUGCAGAAGAAAUCCCAAAGUCAGCAUUUGCUUUACUCUUUGUCUACAAUUACACCUACCUAUACCAAGGUAAGCCAGGCAUUUAUUUGGGCUUAUACCUAAUUUCUUCUUCUUCUAGCGUUUGCCCUUCUUCCGUAGCCAGUCAACGUCAGGUUGAGCCUGAUGUAAAGUUUCGAGACCUCCUUUGAAUCUGGAGAGGUGGCAGUCGUUGACUAUGUGGGUCAUAGUCUGUCUGUAGCCGCAGGGGCAGUUCGGGUCGUCUCUGGCUCCCCAGCAAUGGAACAUAGCGGCGCACCAGCCAUGACCUGUUCGAUAGCGAUUGAGGAGGGCCCAAUCAUAACGUGCCAGGUCAAAGCCGGGUUGACACUUGAAGAAAGGGUUCUGGCUGACAGAAAUGGGUAUAGCUACAAAAAAAAAAAAAAAUGCAGCACUGGCAGGUACAGGACAGAUGUACUUUCUGGUGGUUUCCAGGUUUUAAUAUGUAAUGCCCAGGUGUGCAUUACAUAUUAGUAAGAGUCUCAUUGCUGCUUAACGUGCUAGAUUGUCUCAACCUUCAAAAUGAUCCUGAGAAGACAUUAUUGUUAUAUUUUGCCUCUCAAGAACAAAUAUAACUUUUGAGAGCCUUCUGAAAUUUAUGCCUGGAGAUUCCUCAGUGGUUUUAAGCAUCCGAUUGAGAUUGGGACUUUGAUAUUCAAGGUCUUUGACAAGGCUCUCAAACUUGACCAGCUAUUAAAUAGGUCAAGGAAUUUUGUAUUCUUGUGAAUAUUUUUUAAUGGUCUCUUAUCACGCAAUGAUCUUACUGUAAAUAUAUGUGCAUUUAUAAAUAACUUUUGUAUUCGUAAACCAUCUGUGUUGGCUGCAAUGUAAAUAUUCUUGAUAUACUCAAAUGACAUAUAAUAUUCAGUUAUGAUAUUGAAAACAACUCAGACCACAGACAAGAUUUUGUAUAACUUGGUUUAGUUUAAAAUUUAAAAACUUUAUUAAGAAGUAUGUGUGGGGGUCGGGUGGUAGCACAGGGGGUUAAGCGCACGUGACGCAAAGCGCAAGGACUCGCAUAAGGAUCCCGGUUAGAGCCCCUGGCUCCCCACCUGCAGGGGAGUCGCUUCACAGGCAGUGAGUCUGCAGGUGUCUGUCUUUCUCUCCCCCUCUCUGUCUUCCACUCCUUUCUCGAUUUCUCUCUGUCCUAUCCAGCAACGAACAGCAACAUCAACAACAACAGUAAUAACCACAACAAGGCUACGACAAGGGCAACAAAAGGGGGAAAAAUGGGCUCCAGGAGCAGUGGAUUCAUGGUGCAGGCACUGAGCCCCAACAAUAACCCUGGAGGCAAAAAAAAAAGUAUGUGUAAGAGUCAGGGUAUCUAGUAAUUGCAUACACACAACAUAAUCUUCGUGUAAUUAACCACUUUUGUCAUACCUAAAGUUUCUGCUUUAACCAUUUGCCAUCUUUUAUGUGUGCCAGGUAAUACUACCUUUCUAGCAUAAAAAAGCUUUUUCAAAUGACCAGCAGUCUUGCCAUAGACAUAUAUGUAUAGAUUAAAGAAAACUUGUUUUGGGAACAUGUUCUUUAAGUCAAGUACUUAGCUGACAAGGAAACCAGACUGCUUCUUUUCUCUCUGUGUGUUUUUAAUUGUCACAAUACUUCUACCAAUGCACAGUAUAUUUUAAGAAGAAAAGCGUGCUUUUAGGAGUAGAACAUACAGAAAUUGUUAUAUUAUAAAGCUUUGGUAUAAUCCUUGUUUUGUAUAGGUAAUUAUCUAAGCCAAAAAGUUUUCCUGAAUUUCUAAUAACAAAAAAAGCAUUAUGUAAACAAGAUCUUAACUUUAAUGGAGUGUAGUGGACCAAAAUUCUAUCUUUGUGCUUCCUGAUUCUCAUACUUCGAGUACCAGGUUCUGCCCUCUAAAUCUAGUAAGCCUACUUACUUACUAGAUAACUUAAUCACUUAAGUAAUACUGUCUCUAACUCAUUGUACAUGUCAAGAGUUCUAAAAACAAAAAAUUUCAGCUUUUUUUCUCCCAGGAUUGGCUUAAUUUCUUAUGAGUCUUCAGCCCUAAAAUUUUCUCUCUCAAGUAGCAGUACUUCUCUCAUUUUUUCAUACUACAACACUGCUGGCUUCUUCCUCUUACAACUCAGACUCUGUUCAUUUUCACUUUAAUUCCACUAUUUUUCUAGCCCUUCAUUUUUGUUUGUUUCUUUUCCUUACUUACUAGGCUGUAGUAUAAUUUUUUUUUUUACUAAAUUGACUUAUUAUUAAAGAGACCUGAUUAAAUUAUUAUUUUUGUUAUUAAUUUAUUUAUAAAAUAAAAAAUAUUGACAAGACCAUAGGAUAAGACGGGUACAAUUCCACACAAUUCCCACCACCAAGUUCUGUAUCCCAUCCCCCCAACCCUGAAAGUUUUCCUAUUCCUGCCUCUGGGAGCAUGGACCCAGGAUCAUUAUGGGGUACAGAAGGUGGAAGGUCUGGCUUCUGUAAUUUCUUCUCUGCUGAACAUGGGCAUUGGCAGGUCGGUCCAUACUCCCAGCCUGUUUCUUUCUUUCCCUAGUGGGGCAGGCCUUGGAGAGGUGAGGCUCCAGAAUACAUUGGUGAGAUCUUCUGUCUGGGGAAGUCAGGUAGCAUUUGCAACUUGGUAUCUGAAAAGCAUUAAGAUAAAAAGAAGAACAAAUUGUUUAAUAAUCAGGAACCUAGAGACAAGAAUAUAGCAGAUGAGUUUGGGGAUUUCCAUUUUGGAAAAAGCUAGUAGGUCUAUUUUAGGUAUAUUCCAAGGGGCCUAUGACUUUACUAAUUUUUGCAUGAGCCUGACAGCUAAUCUGCAGGUAGACCAAAGGUAUUGUCUGGGGAGAUGGUGUCGGAGUUGGAAAUAGGACCAGAAAGCUAUAUCAGGGCAGAGAGUAGCUCCCAAAUAUGGGAAAAGUAUAUAAGUAUCAUUUAAUCUGUUUAUUAUUUUUUUAAUGUCUUUCUACUUGCUUGCUGUUUUGGGUCACUGAAAACUAUUGUGCAGUUUUGCUUUAAGGUGUAUAUUUUCCCCUAACUUAAAGGUACAUGUGCACGUGUGUUCUGUCUCAUGGGCUCUGAUUCUUAACUCUUCUGCUUAUACAUUGUAUAAUUAAGAGAAAUCCCACUUACUUUGAAGCUUGAUUUUCAUAUUUAUAAAAUGAGGGCAUCUUACUAAAUUCUCUCUUCCACCUAAUUCCCUUUCCACCUGUAACCUUCUAUGAAUCUGUGAUCCCUCCAAGAACCAAGGAGGACUGUGCUACUCUAAUAAGAAGCUGCUUUUAUAAAAUGUCUAUUAGAGUAGAACAAGAGCAGUGCUGCUUGCUUGGAUUUGAGCCAGAUUUGUUUUCUCAGUAACAUGAGAAGAAACUUUCUUACUUUAAACAGUAUCAAUAAACUUCAAGAAUCUUGACUUGAUUGAAAACCACCUCUUGUUCUCUAGAACGGCAGAUCUGAAUGAAUGCAGGUGUUACAACAAGCCGAACUAUGAGUCAGUCCAGAGUUGUAUAGCUAGUUUGUGACUUACAUAGCUGUCCGGUAUAUUCAGGGUCAUCCUUUUAAAUUACAAUGUCAUCACUCAAAAUUUGAUAGGCUUUCUUAUUUAGAAUUGGUAUAGUGAGAGCUAAGCUUCAGGUGAACAUCAGCUGUCUGUUCUGUGGGAGAGGAUGGAAAGAAGAGUAUGAACCAGUGCUCUAGAAAACUUAAAAUUUACUAGGUAUCACUUCUCUGCUGCAGCAGUAGUCCUUUUGCCAGUGGUACCAAGAGUGUGGUCUUCUGUUUGACCAGGUUCACUUUUAUGUCAGCUCAAAUGGUUGCAAUAUCUCCCCUAGAUAUUCUGUGUUACCUAAAUAACAAUAGCAAAAAAAAAAAUAAAAAUAAAAAAGUGUUUAAAUGUGAAUAGCCAACCUCUGGUUAAAACAUCACAAAAUAGUCUCUACUAUAGCAGGGUUAGUAAGGUCAUUGGUGUUUCUUCCCAGCUGUGCAAUGUCUGCCUAAUGCUAACCCGAUUAAGCAUGUUGCAAAGCAAGGCAGUUUAAAAUGCUGAGAGAAGAAUCUGUGUGCUCCCCUCACCUCCAUUUCUACUUCAUUCCUGUAGGGACAUAUGAAUUCUGUUAUUUUGCCUGUGUACCUCUUUGACUAAUUCUUCAAGUCUACCUGGAAGAAGAAAUAGCAUUUUUCUUGAGUGCUAAGACUUAAUGGCACAAGGCCAUUCAUUUUUCUUUCACUCAGCAACUUCAAAAGUAUGUUCCUGCUAUGGAAUUGAUGUGAUUUGAGACAUAGCAAAAAUCUAGCCUAUAAUGUGCAGUAGCUUUUAAAGUGCUCCUCAGAAUGUGUUAAAUGUGUGUUUUACUAUAAGGUAACCUUCAUGCUGCCCAUUAGAAGGUUUUCACAGGGACAUUUAGAAGUCAAGCAACUUAGACUCUGAUAUCCAUUUUCAAAAAAAAAGUGGUAAAGAUCUUUCUUGGGAGUCGGGAAGUACUGCAGUGAGUUAAGCUCAGGUGGCACAAAGCCAAGGAUCGGCAUAAAGAUCCUGGUUGGAACACCCAGCCCCCCACCUGCGGGGGAGUCACUUCACAAAUGGUGAAGCAGGUUUGCAGGUGUCUCUCUUUCUCUCCCCCUCCUCUCUCCAUUUCUCACUGUCCUAUCCAAUAACAACAACAAUAAUAACUACAACAAUAAAACAAGGGCAACAAAAGGGAAUAAAUCUUCAAAAAGAUUUUCUUAAAGAAUUGUUAUAUGAAAUAAGAACUAGAUUCACUCCUUUUAUUCCAGAGGACAGGUAUCUUAUCAGUUGGGCAGAUAGCAAGAUCCAGCAUAUACUUGCUAAUAAUUCUAUCUAUGCUAAUUCUCUAGAAAUUAGAUUAGUUUGAGAGUUGUAAUAAUUGCCUUUUGUGGAGAAUGUAUAUCAGAAACAAAGUAUUUUGCUGCUAAUACAUUGAGGAAAGUUCUGCAUUCAGGUGGAGUAUGGGCAAGAUAACUUUUAAAGCCUCUUUCACUCUCAUUAUUGGAAAUCUCCAGAAGCAGUUUGGUAUUCUUAAAACUUUGUCCUUCAGAAUUCUUUCAUAUACAAUUAGAGAAAAUCACAGAAUAAUUUUUUUAAAAUUAAUUUUGCAUUUUGAAUGAAAAAAGGGUAUGUUUGUAACAGAGAAUAUGAUACCCUGGGCUUAUUCCUUUGAGGAAGUCUGUAAGUAGCUGCUAAUAUAAAUGACAUUACCAUAAUAGAAAUUAAGCCCAUAACAUAUUGUAACCCCAUCUUUUACUUCAGUGAAUUCUUAUUCAUGUUUCUUAUUAGUGGAACUACAUUUUGUAUGGGGUUGGAAUUGUGUUCAGUUAUAUAUCCAAUACUAGGAUCUUUUCUAAUAAUUUUAGUAUCCCCAGAAAUGCCAGAGCGGUAAUGGGGCAACAGACGUGAAUGUGUUGUCAGCUCAUUCUCCACUUUGUUUUGCUUCUUGAUACAGAUUACAUAGGAAAUUGUGAAACACUUAGGCAUUAGAAGGCUGAGCUAAGAUAUUUGGACAACUUGCAAAUAAUGCUGCAUUUUUCUAUCCCAUGGUCUCUCCAGUUCAGUUUAGCAGUUGUUUCUGCUGCUUUUUUUUUUUUUUUUUUAACUUUUUUUGGUAUUCUCUCUGUUUAUUGGAUAAAGGCAGCCAGAAAUUGAGAGCGAAGGGUGGAGACAAGGAGACAGACAGACACCUGUAGCACUGCUUCACUACUCACAAAGCUUUCCCCUACAGAUAGGGACUGUGGCUCAAACCUGGGUUCUUGAACACUGAAACAUUUGUACUCAACCAGGUGUGCCACCAGCUGGCCCCUUCUGCUUUUUUUCCUUCUUUUUUCUAAUUUACAACUUUUUUUGUGUGGAAUAUAGUUUAAACCAACAUCCAUCUUUCUUUUCUUUCUUUUUUGACAACUUCCUGGCUUAUUGACAAAAAGAACAAAGUCUGAUUAGAAGAAAACAUAUUAUGAGUUGCUUUUUUUUUUAUUUAAGAAAGGAUAAAUUAACAAAACCAUAGGGUAGGAGGGGUACAACUCCACACAAUUCCCACCACCCAGUCUCCAUAUCCCACCCCCUCCCCUGAUAGCUUUGCCACUCUCUAUCCCUCUGGGAUAGGGCCCACUUUCCUGUAUGCCUCUCCCAAUCCAUAUCAAAUAAUAUUGCAUCUGCUGAUCACAACCUAACCAACGCACCGAUUGCCACCUCAACAUGCUUCACUUCAGACUGUGUCCAGAGAGACUUCACAUGUGGAAUGACAACCCUUCAGCUUCAUUACUCGGGUGAGACCUAUUCCUUUCAUAGUACACUCUAAUUCCAUCUCAGGUGGUUCACUUUCUAACAAAGUCCCAAAACCUAGAUAUACACCAGUUUCUGUGAGAGAGAACAUAUGUUCACACGUAUCCAUAAACUACUGCAAAAUAUUUACAUGAGUUGCUUUUAUCAACACCUAAAAGCCCAUGAAUCUGAAGAUUUUGUGGGUAGCAAAAACUGUAUCUGUGUUAAGAAUAUUAUUUGAACCUCCUUCAAGGUUGUAUAUUGCUUCUUAGCAGUCCACUGCCAAGGGGUGAGGUGAAAAAGUGGAAAGAACAGCUUAAUUUGAGGCGGUUUUCAGAUAUAUGGAAUAAAGUCAUCUUUUAUCAACUAUAACUGUCUUGAAAGAGAAAAUUGAUCAUCAGGUUGUCAAGUACUCUUGGAAUAUCUCUUGGUUACUUAAAAUGGGCUGUUGAUCUGUAAAGGGGAUAUUUCUGCUCUGUACAUUCCCUCCUGCUUCCUUCCCCCCAGUCAGAGGAUGUCCAUCUGAGCAGCCCUGGUACUAGGUAUAACUAAAGAGAGUGGCAAGCCAAGUUACCAUUCAGUGUGACUCUUUCCUAGUAUCUAUAUUUUCUCACACAUGAGAAUGUAUAUUUUAUAAAGCAUGUGUUUGUCUACUUGUGUGUCUUUUGUGUCUACAAUAAAGCUAAAACAAAUGUCUACAAUAAAGCUAAAACAAAACAUGA